AUGGAUGACGAUGAUGGCCGAGAGGAGUUUGCGAUCAACGACACCGAUUUGGAUUUUGCGAUGAAUCCGGGGAGGAAUAGACGUCAUCAAACAAAAGAGCAGGCAGCACUUGGCAUUUGGGCUGACGACGAUAGCGAUGAUGAUGGAAGUGCUCGACCAUCGUUUGGAAGAAAACGACCAAAUUACAACACACCGGUAAAUUUUGUGAGCGGCGGCGUAGCAGUUGGAAAUAAAGUAGUGGAUGGAGCUGAAGAUCAAAAACCUGGCACAUCGAAAGAAGAGGAGGCUCCGAUUGAAAUCAACUUUAAACGUGCAAAGCCGGAGUCAAAGAAGCAGCAACAACGACCACAAAUGGGAGCAAAUGUUUUUGCUGGGAUGCGCACGUCAGCUUCAAAGGCCACAGUUGAUGAUGCUACAAUGGAAAAAUGGCUUUUUUCUAGCGGAAAAGGAGAUAAAAUUAUGAACAUGAUGAAGGGUAUGGGUUGGUCACUUGGCGAAGGACUCGGAAAAGAAAGACAAGGAAUUGUCGAGCCAAUUCAAACCAAACUUCGACCAGGAAGAGGAGCCGUUGGGGCAUAUGGUAAAGAGGUGAAUUCAUCAGGCCCUCGAUUUGGAGAAACUGCGGCUGACGCUCAGAAACGGCUUGCAGGGGAGAAAGUAGAUGACAAGCAGCCACAAGCACAAACAAUACCUAAAGGUUCCUGGAAAAAGUCGGCGAAGAUUAAAACGGUGUACAAGACGAUGGAUGAUGUGAUAAAAGAAGGUGGUGGACCCGUUCGAGUUUUCAGAGGAACUGGUGUUUCGAAGGUCAUCGAUAUGACAGGACCCGAGCAAAGGGUUUAUAGUGGUUAUGAUGCAUUUUCAUUGAAGACAAAGGUUGAAAUCGACGAACCACGGGAGACGUUUGACGUUCCAGAGCUCUCUCACAAUAUCAACCUUCUCCUGGAUCUUACCGAAGAAGAUAUCAGGCGGACUAAUCAUCAGCUUGGCGUUUUGAAAGAUCAAACAAUCGCUCUGGAGCAUGAUUAUCAGCGCGCUAAGGAAGAAGGGGACAAGGCCGAAAAUGAAUACUCAAGGAUGAAGCAGAUCUAUGAAUUACUUUCUAAUUUUUCCGAGAAAAAAAGUCCUUCAAUGAACGAGUGUCAAGCACUAUUCAAUCGACUUCGCACAGAAUUUCCCAUCGAGUAUCAACUUCUUCAUUUAGAGGGCGCAGCAAUUCCGAUUGUGUUACCACUGAUAGUUUCGUUCUUCGCUCGUUGGAGGCCAUUAGACCCGGACCAUUCAAUUUAUGGAAUCGAUUUGAUGAGAGAAUGGAAAGAUGUACUUCGUGAGACGGAUACGAGAAUGUUUGCGACUCAAGCAGCUACUUUUGACAAGUUACCAGCGUUUGAUCGCCUAUUGUGGGAUGGAUGGAUGCCUUCCAUAAGGCGCGCGGUAAGACAACUGAUCCACGUGAUUCAAACAUGGUUGCCGCUUUUGCCAAAUUGGAUGAAAGAAAAUAUACUAGACAGGGUUAUUGUGCCAAAAAUCGAGGCUGAGGUCGAGCAGUGGAAUCCUUUAAAAGACGAAGUGCCAGUUCACUUGUGGAUAUUGCCUUGGCUCGAUAUCAUGGGAGAUCGACUCGUCCCAGUGUUUUCUCCAAUCAGACAGCACCUGGCGAAAGCACUCCGAUUGUGGAAUCCACUCGAUCAAGGAGCCCUUGUAAUGUUACGACCGUGGAAAGGAGUUUGGACACAAGCUACGAUGUCGGCCUUUUGUAGUACGAACAUCAUCCCGGCGCUCGAUAAAUGUCUCGCCAACGUGAAUUUGGAUCCGACUACAAACAAACUAUGCCCAGAGUUUGAUGCUGUUUUGAACUGGCGCGAAAUUAUCAACGAGGACAUGAUAGUGAAUGUGCUGACAAGAAAUUUCUUCCCUAGAUGGUAUGCGCAAAUUUGCGCCUGGCUGGACAGUUCUCCCGGAAAUCCGGCAGUGGUAAAUGAUGUAUCGAGAUGGUACAAGGAUUGGAAAGAGCGGGUUCCUUUCGAUCUGGUGAAGCGGUUUCCGGUGCUAGAAAAUGAAAUGAAACGAGCCAUGAUUGCGAUUCAUAACUCAUCACAAGGAAGAAUCAUUGGAGCUGGCACACCGCUACAACCUGUCUUGUCUAAUGUACCGCCGCCUCCUCCACCACCGCCCAGACCCCAACACAUUCCUCCCCCACAACCUGCUGUUCAACUAACAAUUCGUGAAACGUUGGAGCGAGAAGCCGGUCACCAUGGACUCACAUUUGUUCCACAAACUAAUCGGCUACGCGAUGGGAAUCAAGUGUUUUGGUUUGGAUCUCAAUCCGUUUAUGUUUGUGCUGGAGUGAUUUAUCAUUACGAUACAACAAAUUUUGACUGGUAUCCAAUCACAAUUUCGCGCCUUCUUCAAUACAACGGAAUC